AUGAACGAGAUAUCGUUUAGCGGCGCAAAUGAAGGGUUACAGGUGGGCAUCAGUUACGCACCGAUAAAUAUAUCAGCUAAGCCACUGGAGCCCCUCCCUAAGCCUCUAUCAACCGUGCCGUUCCCGCACGACCCAGACUUUGUUAGUCGGGAGUUGUACUUUAACCAACUCCAUGAAAAAGCCUCAAGCCCGGGGUCGAGAAUAGUUCUCGUUGGACUCGGUGGUGUCGGGAAAACUCAACUUGCUAUCCAAUACUGCUACUGGGUUCGUCAAAAAUCACCAGAGACGUGGGUGUUCUGGAUUCAUGCGAGCAACGCGGCCCGCUGCGAAAGUAGCCUUCGGGACCUUGCCGAUCGAGUCAAAAUUCCUGGACGUCAAGACCGCAACACCAACAUUUUUCAGCUCGUUGGUAAUUGGCUACAAGACAAAUCGAUCGGAAAGUGGAUUAUUGUUCUAGAUAAUGUCGAUGAUGACGAGCUACUCCGACCUUCCAUGAUUAAUCAGAGUCUAACGAGUGACCAAAGCAAUGUCUCAACGCAGCCAUUACUAAGAUACCUCCUCACAAGCUCAAAUGGCUUUACCAUCAUCACAAGUCGAAACAAGACUAUAGCGUUGAACAUCACCGGUCACUCAAACAUAAUUGAAAUGUCGCCCAUGAGCAAGGCCGAGGCAGUCGAUCUAUUGCAGAAAAAGAUAAAUAUACCAGCUGAGAGGGAAACGCUGGUGGAUCUGGUUACGGCGCUUGAAUUCAUGCCGCUCGCGAUUAUUCAGGCGGCUGCUUAUAUUACGCAUCGCUCACCCGGCUGCUCAGUAUCACAAUAUUUGGAAGAAUUUCAAAAAAGUGACCAUGACGCAAUACAGUUACUAAAGUAUGAAGCUGGUCUUCUAGAUCGAGACUGGGAGGCCAAAAAUUCGAUUUUAUUCACCUGGCAAAUAUCUUUCGAAUACAUUCGAAGGAUUCAGCCCUCUGCAGCAGACCUACUUUCUCUUAUGAGCUUUUUUGAUCGACAGGGAAUCCAAGAGAGUGUUCUUCGAGUUCGACAAGACAGGGAGACCAAUAAAAACUUAAGGCUACACAAGGGUCUUAGGAAGCUACUUAAGAGGUUUAAAGACUUGACUCAUUCUUCAGAUAAAGGUCAUACUGUUAUGAAUGACGCCAGUGUCAAUCAACGGUUUAAAGAAGACAUUAUAAUACUUAAUGACUUUUCGCUGAUUUCAUUCGGGGAGAACCGCCAAGUACUCAUGAUGCAUCGACUCAUUCAAUUGACAGUGCAUAUGUGGCUAAAUUCUCAUGGUGAAUUAGAGCGGUGGAAGAAAAGAUUCAUUAAUAAUUUAUAUCACGAAUUUCCAACUGGCGGUUAUGAAAAUUGGGAACGGUGCCAACCGCUCUUUCCACAUGUUAAAGCAGCAAUGUUACAGCGACCAGAAUCAAGAGACUCCCUACGGCAAUGGGCUUCACUGCUUUAUAGAGGUGCUUGGUAUAGUCAGGAAAGGGGGCAUAUCGCGGAAUCAAAGGAAAUGGCGCUUAAAUCAAGAGAAGAACGGCUAGCAAGCUUUGGGGCGAGGGCUGAAGAGACUCUUGAUAGCAGUGCGAUGUUAGCAACAGUAUAUCGACUUGAGGGGAUGUGGAAAGAGGCUGAGCAGCUCGAGGUGCAGGUGAUGGAGACUCGCAAGACGAAGCUCGGCGCGGACCAUCCCGACACGUUGACCAGUAUGGCCAAUCUUGCAUCGACUUACCGGAAUCAGGGCCGGUGGGAGGAGGCUGAGCAGCUCGAGGUGCAGGUGAUGGAGAUAAGCAAGACGAAGCUCGGCGCGGACCAUCCCGACACGUUGACCAGUAUGGCCAAUCUUGCAUCGACUUACCAGAGUCAGGGCCGGUGGGAGGAGGCUGAGCAGCUUAAGGUGCAGGUGAUGGAGACGAGCAAGACGAAGCUCGGCGCGGACCAUCCCGACACGUUGACCAGUAUGGCCAACUUGGCGUUUACUUGGAAAUCUUCAGGCCAGCAUACCGACGCUAUUGAUUUACUCAAAGCUUGUGUUGUGAAGCAGCAACAAAUCUUAGGUCUCUCUCAUCCUAGGACUAAGUCGAAUUCUAAUACCCUGCUAGAAUGGGAAACUGAUGCGUUAGAUAUCGACACGUGA